CACACGGUAUGAACUUCAGUACAGGUAAAGCCUUGUAGGGCGUGAGGUGUCUCCACGGACUACUCCCCGACGCCCACACAAACACGUGAUCUAUGGUGUAGUGUGUGAUAGUGAAUUUAUUGGUAGUGCGGUAUUGUAGAGUGAGAGUUCUAGAUACAGUGGUGGUGAGAAACUGAGCAGUGUUUCGAGCACUCUCCCCCCGGGAGCACAGCAAGAUGUGUUGAGUACGAUGUUGCUGCCUCCGGUGUUGGUGCGAGGUGGUCCCAGUUUGUGGGUGUUGUGUCCAUGACGCCCACGCCCUCCUUGCACACCAACAUGACUGCGGUCACGCCCCCACGCCCCGUGCCCGCCGCCCACCACCGCGACAUGGCCAAGUCUCUGCCCCGUGACUAUGGUGCUUCCCUACGGUCCUUCAGUCCACCCCGGGACAUGACCCGUAACUUGCGGGGCUUCAGUAUCCACCGGGACCACCUGGGGGGAUCGUGGGACCAGCUGGAUACCCCCAAGACCCCUCUGCCUCACUUGCGGGCAUCGUGGGACCACCUGGGACCAGUGUGGGAUCACAAGAGGGUCGAGACCUCCCCUGACGGGUAUCGUGGCCCUGAUGCCCUGCUCACACAUACCCUGAGACCCACCCGUCAUGAGGUCACCAACCUACGCCACGAAGUCACCAAGCAGCGCCACGUGACCCAGGAGGGCGGGGAGGACCCGGGGUCACGGGAGCAAGGGGUCAUUGAUGUAACCUCCCCUCGGGACUCCGUGGCUGGGGCUAAGGGUCUUCUCAACGCUCCUGGACAGAACAACUGUUUCCUCAACAGCGCUGUACAGGUGUUAUGGCACGUUCUUCUGCCUUGA